AUGAAACUAAUGGGACAAUCAGAAGUGGUUUAUGAUUUACUCGAGGCUACCGUGCCAGCGUCAGACGAUAAUAAUUUGUACAUGGACGAUGCCCUCGACGGAUUUCCGGCGUUUGGUUUUCGACCUGGCUCUGAAGUUAAGCAACCAUAUCGGUUAUAUCUUCCGGAAAAAUUGCCGGCCGAGUUUACUUUAGUGGCAACUUUCAAACCAACAUCCCACAGAACCAGUUAUCUCUUCGCAGUCCUUAAUCCCUUCGAAACUGUGGUGCAACUGGGCAUUCGUAUUUCGGAUGGACUAGGAACCAAUCAGAACGUUUCAUUGAUUUAUACUAAUUCCGAUCAACACUCGGAUUCGGAAGAGGUAGCAAAAUUUGCGGUGCCAAAAUUGACGAAGAAAUGGUCCAAAAUCGUCAUCAGAGUGUCGUUAACCGACGUCACUUUGUAUUUGAAUUGUUAUGAGAUGGCCAGACAGCGAGUGACCAGAAUACCCCUCGAAUUGGUGUUUGACACUGCCAGCACCCUCUACAUCGCUCAGGCUGGACCUCAUAUUCAGGAGAAAUAUGACGUGAGUUUAUGA